GGCCUCAGCUCAAGCUCCCUGCUAGUCUCUCGUCUUAUCGCCCUCCCCGUAAGACUCGACUUGCACUGGUCACGGCGCCCAAAAUGUCCCGUCUCUCGCCGGUCGACACAAAGCACUCCUUCGUCGACUCGCCCGUCGCCGCGGAAGUCGACCUCGAUGGCGUUGACUACGCUGACAAGCCCCAGCGCCCGCCCAUCGACUACUCCUCCUUCUCCGCCUUCCAUGCCUCCCUCUGGCGCCGCUUCCAGUCACUCUGGACCCGCCGCUUUGUCCUCAGCUUGCUCGCGGGCCAGGUCGUAUCGCUCUGCAUCACAUGUACCAACGUCACCACGACGGAGCUGGUUAGUCGCAACUGGAGCUUGCCCACGACGCAGACGUGGUUCCUGUACUUUUCGCUCUUCGUUGUGUACACCCCAUACACCAUCUACCAGUACGGCUUCAAAGGCUGGGCCAAAAUGAUCGCCAAGGACGGCUGGAAAUACAUUAUCCUCGCCGCCUGCGACGUCGAGGGCAACUUCCUCGUCGUCAAGGCCUACAACUACACCACCCUCCUCUCGUGCAUGCUCCUCGACGCGUGGGCCAUCCCCGUCUGCCUCUUCUUCUGCUGGGUCUACAUGCGCACGCGGUACCACUGGACGCAGCUGCUGGGCGUGCUGGUGUGCGUCGGCGGCCUCGGGCUGCUCGUCGCGUCCGACCGCCUCACGGACAAGGACUACCCCGCGCUCAACAUGGCCAAGGGCGACGUCUUCAUGAUCGUCGGCGCGACGCUCUACGGGUUCACGAACGCGACGGAGGAGUUCUUCGUGCGCCGCUCGCCGCUGUACGAGGUCGUCGGGCAGCUCGGCAUGUGGGGGACGCUCAUCAACGGCAUCCAGGCCGCGGGGCUCGAGCACAAGGACAUGACGCAGGCGACGUGGAGCGGGAUGAACAUUGGCCUGCUCGUGGCGUACACGGCGGCGAUGUUCAUCCUCUACACGGUCGCGCCGCUGCUCUACCGCAUGGCCUCGUCCGCGUACUACAACAUCAGCCUGCUCACGAGCGACUUUUACGGCUUGCUCUUCGGGCUGUUCCUCUUCCACUACCAGCCGUUCUGGCUGUACUUCCCCGCGUUCGCGGUCGUGCUCCUGGGGCUGGUGAUCUAUUUCUGGCACGCGACGCCGGAGGAGCAGGGCAAGCUCGACCCCAAGGCGCCGGCGUACGUGCACCGGAGGGGGGACGUCACGGUGGGCGAGGAGAGGGUGUAAAAUUACAUAGACGUGGGUGGGGUUUGUAUGUGUACUCUAUACGUAGAGGCGGGCUUCUUGGAUAAUUAUAAGAUUGGGUGUACGACGGGUGAUAACUUUCUUCGCCG